CAGACAGACAGGAGGAAAGAGGGACGAGGAGAGGGAAAAAAAGGAGAAGCAAACGCUGAAAAAUCCAGCCUGUCUCCAGCUCGGGCCAUUUUCUUGAAUCAUAAUUUGAUUUGUGGACUCUGACGCUGGUACGAAAGAGAGAGAGAGAGAGAGAGAGAGAGAGAGAGAGAGAGAGAGAGGGGGGGAAGAGGAGCACCCAUCCCUUCCACCCCCACCUCCUGUUCGCCUGAGCCAUAGGGAAAGGCUUCACACACACACACACACACACACACACACACACGGACGAGAAGCAGCACACAGGGCUAGGCCGCAAGUCAUUAGUUCUUGGUGGGCAAGCACUGACAAAAGGCUGGAGGGAGAAGCCCGCAUGAGUGCCUGGAGAGGAACCACGGGAACUAUGGAGGGCUGAACAGGCGGACGCUCUCUCCUGCUUUCUUGAUUUUUUUUUUUUUUUUUUUUUUUGAGUGUGUGUGUCUGAAAGGAAGCGGCACAGAGGAUAUUGUCUGAGCCGAGCACUCGUGCUACAACAAGCAGGGAAGAGAGAGCACUUCCUUGUGGUGAGGAUCUACUUGUGUUGUGUAUUUUGGAAGUGAGCACGGGCGGUCCACGUAGCCUCGUCUGCUGCUGCUGCUGCUGCUGCCGCCGCCACCGCCGCAGCUGGCGGUGCCUUGAAGAAGCCCAAGAGUACAUGAAAGUGAUGUUGUUGUUGUUGUUGCUGCGUAGACGUCAAGUUGAUUUCCUUGAUCUGGAAUGUCUUCAUUGUGGGUCACAAUGCUGCUGCUGACGCUGAGGGGAUUACAGCAGAAUUAGGAGAGCUGUGUCUGCGCUGUCAGCCUCGCUGGAUGGAAGGAAGAUCUAGAGCGAGAGAAGGAUUUAUUUGCCAGCAAGGGACGCCGUAGACGCAGAACAUUAAUGUUCAUUCUGAGGUUCCUCGGAUGAAACCGUUCGACCGGGCAGCGUCGGAACAGGCUUCUCUUCAACCAUCUCAGGAAUUGGUCCAAAGAAAAGGACAAAACACAACACACGGUAGCAACGAGUUAGAUUAGGGAAGAAGAAGGAGAAGAAAAAGAAAGGGAAGGGGAGGAGGGCAUUGAAAUCCACAAGCAUGCAGAACUAAAAGUUGCCACAGUGAAGACUGUUUCCAGGUCAUAGUGGAGUGGGAGGAGACUGAAAUGCUCUUGUUUUUUUCUGCCAAACACCCUCCUCCUCAAUGCUUUAGCCUAUUUUUUUUCUCAUUGACAUCUGCUUGUUCAGCCUGAGGACAGUAUUUCCCCCCCAUCGGUUAUAUGCUCUAAAAUAAUCACUAGACUUCAUAAACAAAUGAGAGCACAGACAAGCAGAAAACACUGAUUCUCUCCCGGUGAAGGGAAACACACAUUCGGGACUUUUGAUAUUUAUGUUACCUUGACAGCAACCAGAAAUCUUGGCUGCUCGUCCCAUUUUCCUCUGCGGUGGUUCGGUAACCAAGCGAUGGCCAUGGUGAGUGGGGGCUGGGGAGAUCCCAAUGGGGGCACCAACGGGUUGGGGGACAAGGGCUACCUGAGGGGGGAAGAGGAGGACGGCUCUCCACAGGCGGGGGGCAGCGACAUGGAAGCCGGAGACGACGACAAGGCGUGCGUGGUGGACUGCGUGGUGUGCGGGGACAAGUCCAGCGGGAAACAUUACGGCGUGUUCACCUGCGAAGGCUGCAAGAGCUUUUUCAAGAGGAGCGUAAGACGCAACCUCAGCUACACUUGCAGGUCAAACAGAGAGUGUCAGAUUGACCAGCACCACAGGAAUCAGUGCCAGUACUGUCGCCUGAAGAAGUGUUUCCGUGUUGGCAUGCGCAAAGAAGCAGUUCAACGCGGUCGCAUCCCACCUCAGCCGAGCCUCAGCCCCUCCAUCACGCCCAUAGGUGGCGCCAGCGGCCUUGGAGGUGGUGAGUUUUAUAACAACAACAACAACGGAGGUCAGCCGGUGUCAGAGCUCAUUUCUCAACUGCUGAGAGCCGAGCCUUACCCCAGCAGUCGAUAUGGACACCAGUACAACCAACAGGCUGGUCCAGAUAACGCCAUGGGCAUUGAUAAUAUCUGUGAACUGGCUGCCCGGUUACUCUUCAGUACUGUGGAGUGGGCAAGAAACAUCCCUUAUUUCCCUGAGCUGCCUGUUUCAGACCAGGUGGCCCUGCUGAGGCUAAGCUGGAGUGAGCUGUUCAUCCUCAAUGCAGCCCAGUCGGCUCUGCCGCUUCACAUGGCUCCUUUGUUGGCUGCGGCUGGCUUCCACUCCUCGCCCAUGUCUGCCGAGCGCGUGGUGUCCUUCAUGGACCAGGUGAGGGUGUUCCAGGACCAGGUGGACAAGCUGACCAGGCUGCAAGUGGACUCGGCCGAGUACAGCUGUCUCAAGGCCAUCGCACUGUUCUCACCAGACGCCUGUGGUCUAACAGACCCAGUCCACGUGGAGUCUCUGCAGGAGAAGGCUCAGGUGGCUCUGACAGAGUACGAGAGGAUGCAGUACCCGAGUCAACCUCAGCGCUUCGGGCGCCUGCUCCUGCGCCUACCUGCUCUGCGUGCCGUUCCCGCCAACCUCAUCUCCCAGCUCUUUUUCAUGCGCCUGGUAGGAAAGACACCCAUCGAGACACUGAUCCGUGACAUGCAGCUCUCCGGAAGCUCUAUCAGCUGGCCGUAUGUCCCAGGACAGUAGCCACCCCUGACGGACGAGGUCUCCGUCUGGGAUUAAUGACGACAACGACCCACAGGAAACCUCCUGACUCAUCUCUAUCCAUCUGUGUGGUUAUCAAGCUGCAGUGCCAGCUGGCCAUCAUACGUACUCUACUGUAACCGCUCUAUUGCCCCCUCAUGAAACGAGCCCUCUGUCUCCACAUGGGCCUCCAGAGAAGAGAGAGGAGCCAGUGCCAGACUGGAUCUGUCUUGUUGCCAGCCACAUUCGUUCUGGUGCCAGGUCUCAGGCCAGAGACCAGCUCUUCAUGCUGGGCUCCGAUAUGGCCACCACAGCCAGUCACAUCACCACCCACAUGCCAUAGUGACUAAAGACGCCGCAGUUUCGUGUAGAGGGCAGAAGCACCCUGCUACAAAUACAUCUAGAGGACAAAACUGUCCCUGCCACUGAAAGUCAGCGUACUAAUUUUUCCCACACUGGGCUCAUUUUUCAUGACUCACCAUUUGUGAUAGAGUGACCUUUUUAUCACACAACAGAUAACGUUACAGUCAUGAUUAUAAUGACUCUAAUUGAACCGUCUAAAGCAUCAGAAAGCUGUGGUUGCGCUGUGAACUGAAUACAGUAAGGGCCUCGUUGUUGAAAGGAGAAUUCUGAAUUCACUGCUCUCUUACCUCAACACGUGAGGAGGAAGCCGAGGAACUGCUCAAAAGGAACAGAGACAAAAUAAAAACCAAGGAAAACUCACCAAAGUCUAUCACAUCAUCCUCAGAUGAUUUUUAAAUAGAGUAAUUAGUACGCAAAGCAGAGAGAAGGAGAUGAAUGGACUCUUGUGACUGCCUGACCAUCAAUAGAACAAUGCAUUUAAAGUCAUUCACAGGGCUCACUGUUGCUGUAGUUAGAGAAGACUGAAAAAAGAAGAAGCCACAGUUACAUGAGAACGGACUAAUACCUCACUAGACAUCAGAAUGCUUUAGUCUGAUAUUUCCUAAACACAAACCUCUGUAAAUGUCGUUCACCAGAAACCGCCUUCUUUUUGACAACUGCCUUGUUAUUCUGUAUGAAUUUAGGGCACCUAUGAAACGAGUCUUACGAGCAUCACAAACAUUCGUCUUAUAUCUUUUUAAAAACUCCCCAAAGUGAUUUUCCCUUGUGUUUUGAAUAUGAGUUUGACUGACUGAAUAUGGUGAAAACAGCUAUUACACAUUGCUUGGAUCUAGAUUUUGGUUGUUUUGUUUGUUUUGUUUUUUAUUGAGAAACGGCAGGCUGACAUGUACGUAAAUCCAACACGGAUUCCAACACGACAAAUCCAAGAAAUAAAAAUGAGUUCAACAAAAACACUUGGUGAUCAGAGAGUUUAUGACCAACACUACGUCAGUCUCUGGAGGUAAUGAUCCCUUGAAAAUGUAUUGAAAUGUAUAUAUAUUGCAGCCAACUUUGUCUUUUUGCAUGUUCAAAUGUUGUUUUGGAUCUCCUCCUUUUGCAUUAUAUAAUUCAAGGUUCAUUUAAAGUAUUGCUUUUUCUGUAAACUCCUAAACGUUUUUUUUUUCUUAUAUGUAUUUACAUGAAAAAUACCUGUCAUCUGUUCAGAUGUCAAAAAAGAAGCUUAUCUUCAUGCCAUCACAGCGGACAUAACAUAGAGAUGUUCAUGCUCUCAUCUCUAAGCAUCUGAGUGAGUCUCUACUGUUGUGAGUGAUGUGAGACAAUGUUGUAAUGAAUGAGGAUGCACUCUGAGGAUAUUCAAUGCCAAAAUAUCACACUGUCUGUGACGAGUUAGAAGAAGACGGGCCCUGGUUUGCUGGUCCACCAGGAUUUACCUCACACGGGUAUGUCAAGUGGCGAGUUUACAAAAUCAUUUUAGGUAUUUUAAAGGAAAGCAUAAAAUCAACUCUAAACGCAACAUAUUUCAGCAUUUAUCGAUGGAAGUCACAAAAUCAAAGGAUUUAACUCUGCUUCUUGAUCUGCCACCGGGCCUUUUGAAAGUUAUUUGGAUGUUCUUCUUUUAGGCAACAGUUCACACAACCAUGUCAUAGAGAAAAAAAAAGAUAAAUAUACAAUUAAUGUUUUCUUAUCUUUGUGUUACUGAGUUCUUAAGUUUUUAAAAUUUCAUGUGUAUGGCAACGUUAUUAAAAAAAAAUCAAAAGAU